AUGUUGUUUGAUCCUAAACAAGAGAAUUUGCCAUAUACAUUUGCCUUGAUCAAACCCAGAUACAACUCUUAAACCAAAUGUGGUGUAGGAGGUUGUAAAUAAAAUUGA